AUGCCUGAACCCAUCAUUCCAAGAAGUAUGUCCAGGAAAUUCUGUCGAGUUAUGACCAAGCGCGAUCUUGAAGAGGGUUCCAAAAUUGAGCAAUACCGUCGUCUCAUCAUUUCUAUUCCCCAAGCGAGCCAAUAUCUACUUCUAUAUAUACUUGAUUUGCUGGCUGUUGUCGAAAACAAUUCUGACAAGAAUAAAAUGACUGCGCAAAACCUAGCCAUCGUGUUCCAACCAUCAAUCCUCAGUCAUCCACAUCUUGGGUCGAAAGAUGAGCAUCUGGCUGCGGUUGAAGUGAUUGAAUUCCUUAUUGAGCACCAGGAUCAUUUUGUUCUGGCACUGUCGAAGCCCCCUCCUAAGGAUGUUCCCCCUGAAGAUCUCACUACACAGAUUCCCCCUGAAAUUGAAGACUAUGUCAUUGUUCCCUCGGAUUCUGAUGAAGAAGUAUCGGAAUACCAGGUACAUCUAGGGGGCGGCUCCUUGUUAGCAAAGCCUCAAACCUCCUAUCAGCUUUUUGGAAAAUUAGAAAGGAAGAAACGUAUGGAUCGACUGCCAACAACUCCUACGGAAGAGGAGCCCAGAAACUUUAAUUUUACAGUGGGUCACGGUACACCGCCUCACCGGCCAGGUCAUUCAUCUCCCCUUUUUACAUCCACGUUUUUCCGGAGGCGGUCAAAUUCACACACAUAUGGAGGCAUGGACGAUCAUCGACUUUCUCUUGCUGCAGACGCACCUAAGAACCAAGAAUUUCGAGCGUCAAAGCCAACGCGUCAUCCAAGCAUCCGAGUUAGCCCACCCACAUCUACCUUAAAGCCUGAACGAUCAGUGUCCAGCAAUGGGGUAGAUGAGAUGGAACCCAAACAUCCUUAUACUUAUUUUCUUUCACCUGUGCGUUCGGAUGAAUGCUUGGUCACGGGAGCGUCGAAACCGGACUUUUCUGGUACUCCUGGAGCGUCGAAACGAAGCCGAGCCACCGCCAGCAGGCCACCGCUUACCAAAAGCCAUUCGGCGAAGCAUUCUUCUCGAUACUCAAAUUCCUCUUCAGAGUUCGUGCAACCACCUAAAUCAUUGCCACCUCAUGAAGCGCAUCUAAGUCCUGCACUACCUUUAGGAAACAUUCAGCUUUAUUCGACCAUAAGUCCUGCUAUCUCCAUGGAUCGGCAAUCGGCUUCAUCACAGUCUAGUGUCAUGGAUGCAUUAGGUCCCGUCAUGCCUUCCUCGAAAUCGGAGAGCUCUGUACCUCAUCCUCAUGGGUCACCCGUUCAAAAGACGCUUGGUUUCAUGCCGAAAGAGGAUACUUCGCCAGAUGUGUCAAGCGAUUCUAAAGUU